AUGAAAACAAAGAAACUUGAAGCUGUUGUCAAGAGAGGGCUCAUUUCCAUGGGAAAUGUUAUUGGAGUCAAUGCUCAGCGCUGGCGCAACGAGAACUACGAGAGGCCCGUGGACCUGGAGGGCUCCGGGGACGAUGACCCCUUUGGGGACGAUGAACUGGACGAUGUCUACUCGGGCUCUGGCUCAGGGUAUUUUGAGCAGGAGUCGGGGCUCGAGACGGCAGUAAGCCUCACCACGGACACAUCCGUCACGCUCCCUACCACGGCGGCUGUGCUGCCCAUCACCUCGGUGCAGCCCGUGGCAACCCCCUUUGAAACAUUCCCUGCUGAGGACACCACCCCUGAGCAGACAACCAGCGUCUUGUAUAUCCCCAGGAUGACAGAGACACCAGUGAUCCCCAGUUGGAAAGCAACUACCACCAGUACCACUGCCAGCGACUCCCCUACCACCACAACCACCACCACCACGGCCACCACCACCACCACCGCGGCCAUGACCACCACCAGCACCACCAUGGCCACUGCCAAGCCCACCACUGUCCGGAGGUUCCUGCUCCCCUUUGUCACCAAGGCAGCUACCACCCAGGCCACCACCCUGGAGACACCCACCACCUCCAUCCUCGAAACCAGCACACCAGCAGAGGUGGCCACAUCACAGCUUGUCCCCACCAGCACGGCCAAGCCCAGGUCCCUGCCAAAACCAAGCACCUCCAGGACUACAGACCUCACGGAAAAAAGCACUGCCUUGCCAUCCAGUCCUGCCACGCUGCCGCCCACAGAAGCCCCCCAGAUGGAGCCAGGGGAGGUGACAACAGUCCUCGACAACGAGCUGGAGGUCCCAGUCAGCAGCGGCCCCAGCGGGGACUUUGAGAUCCGGGAGGAGGAAGAGACGACUCGUCCCGAGCUCGGUAACGAGGUGAUGGCUGUGGUGACGCCGCUGUCGGGACCUGGGCUGGGCAAGAACACAGAGCCAGGACUGAUUGACAACACGAUAGACUCCGGUAACUCAGCCGCUCAGCUCCCCCAGAAAAACAUCCUGGAGAGGAAAGAAGUCUUGAUAGCGGUGAUCGUGGGCGGCGUGGUGGGAGCCCUCUUCGCUGCCUUCCUGGUCAUGCUGCUCAUCUAUCGGAUGAAGAAGAAGGACGAGGGCAGUUACACGCUGGAGGAACCCAAGCAAGCCAAUGUGACAUACCAGAAGCCUGACAAGCAGGAGGAGUUUUACGCAUAGAAGGAGAGCCCGGCGUGCCUCGCACUCCCUCCCUCCCCACUCCAAACUCUCCCUCCUCCUCUACUUCAUUCUCUCUCUCUCUCUCUCUCUCUCUCUCGGAUCAGACUGUGAAUUUAAAAAGCAAAACUUGCAACAGCUAAAGGAGAAAACACAUCUUCGGCAUGAUGAAAAAUCAAGCGCCCAGAGCAUCACCAAGUUCAGACCGAGUACCGCUGGCCUUUCUGCAGCGGGAGGGAUGGGGCAAGGAGCCAACGCCAAGGAACCCUUGCCCAGGGAGUGCCCUGGUGAGCAUGGGACAAGGCGGUCAGGCUGCUGACGGUGGCUGGAGGUCACUGGGCUUUUCCCACCAACACAACAGAUUCUGGGAUCCGGACACCUUCUACCAGCCCUGGGGCGCAGGGGGGUUGGUUUGGAUUUAUCUUCCUUUUUUUUUUUUUUCCCCUUUGGAAAGGAGGGAGGUUUCUUUCCCCC